AUGAAGUUGAUCUGGAGCAUAGCUGUAGUGGGGAUCGCCAUCCUGCUCGUCGGGUGCGGGGCAUUCAGCCUUCCGAACGUUGCCGAUAACCUGACCAAGGAGCAACGUGCUGCAGCCAUCGUCUCAGCUAGCGUGGCGGAAGAGAUAAGCCGUGAGUACCUGAAGUAUCAUCGAACUGGCAUCGAGACCGAGAGACUUCAGCAACUGGGUAAGGAUCUUCGGAAUAGUCACAGCAAAAAGGCCAUUUUCACCGAAUCCAUGGCUGAAUUGAGUUCCGCGGAUCAGUUUUUCGUCUGCACCCUCUGCAGAUCCACCAUUAAUGUUUUCGCUCGAACUUUCACCGAGGGAGAGUUGAGUGGGCCGCAAAGGGAUGAUGAGGCCAAGAAAUUGGCUCUGGGACUCUGCGAUUACUUUUCAAUCAGCACUCAGGAGGUGUGCUCCGGAUUAUUCGAGCUAAACUGGCCUAUUUUUGACUUUAUCCUGAACGAAACUGUGGCAAGUUCACAGUCGUUCUGCGGAAUGCUACCCAUUCCCAUUUGCCAGGUGAAACAGGAUGAGUACAAUCUUACCUUGACCAUCCAGGGUGAUUCGCCCACCGAAUCAAACUCAAAUUUGCCAGCCAAGACCUCUGAGGAUAUCCUCGUUCUGCACCUCACCGACAUCCAUUAUGAUCCUGAGUAUAGCGUGGGCAGUAAUGCAGCCUGCGAUGAGCCCAUGUGCUGUCGGAACUCUUUGGCCGAAGGAUCUGACUCCUCGGCAGCAGCUGGUUACUGGUCUGAUUACCGUGAUUGCGAUUGCCCCAAACAUCUCAUUUUAAGCGCCUUUGAACACAUCAAGGAUAACCACAAGAUCGAGUGGAUAUACCACACUGGCGACGUGCCGCCCCACAAUGUCUGGUCCACCACCAAACAGGGAAAUCUGGACAUGCUGUCCGAAAUCGAUGGCCUCCUGGCCGAGUACUUCCCAAAUACGCCCAUCUACCCUUGCCUCGGAAACCACGAACCUCAUCCAACGAACGUUUUCGGCAAUGAUGAGGUGCCCUCAGCCUUGAAAGUUGAUUGGCUCUAUGAACACGUUUGGAGCUUGUGGUCCAAGUGGUUGCCCAGUGAGGCCAAGGACACUGUCCUUCGGGGAGGAUAUUACACCGUGUCGCCGAGUGAAGGACACCGCAUUGUGGCCCUCAACAGCAUGGACUGCUAUCUCUACAACUGGUGGCUGUUCUACAAUGCCACCUUGAUCCAGGAGCAGCUUCAGUGGUUCCACGAUACUCUAUUAGCGGCUGAACAGGCGGGUGAAUCUGUCCACAUCCUUACCCACAUUCCCGCUGGCGAUGGCGAUUGCUGGAGCAGCUGGGCCAAUGAGUACAAUAGGGUUCUCACUCGAUUCAAUGGCAUCAUAACUGGAGUGUUCAGUGGUCACACCCACAAGGAUGAGAUGAACCUGCACUACUCCGAUGAGGGUUACGCCACCGUGGUCAACUGGAAUGGCGGUAGUCUGACCUCCUAUUCGAACAAGAAUCCCAACUACAGGCUAUAUGAGCUGCAUCCUACCAACUGGCAGGUUCUAGAUCACCACACCUUCACGUUUAACCUGACUGAGGCCAAUCUGAAGCCAGACGAGCAGCCCCAAUGGGCCUUGGAGUACCAGUUCACUAAGGAAUACACCGAGGACACUAGUCCUGCGGGAAUCGAUCGCUUGCUGGUGGAAAUGGCUGAGAAACCAAGUUUGCUGAGGAAGUUCUGGCGGAACAAGUUCACCAACUCGGACCCCAAGUUGGCCGAAGGCUGUGAUGACUCUUGCCUGAGUAAGACCAUCUGCAGGAUAGCCACCAGUAACUACCAGGAGCGAACUCGCUGCAAGGAGCUGCAGGCCAUCCUGGCGGAGAGUCUGGAAAAUGAGACCGAUACGGAUGACAAUGGUGGUGAUGGUGGCAGUGGAGGUGCUGCUGGAUUGACUGCCCUCAGCUUGGGGUCUCUGCUGGCACUGUUAGCUGCAUCUAAAGUACUUGGAUAGGUCUUAUCAAUGGCCCCGCCUAUUCUUAACACAUAAUAUCAAUGGCGAUAAUCACACCCCAUAAAGGGGGUUAUAAAACUACUAAAGGAAUGCCCGAAACCUCCGGAGAUAAAUAAAAACCAACAAUAAACACA